AUGGCAGCUACAGAGACUACUCGUCAUUUCCAGAUCGAGCUCGAUACAUCAGUGUUCACUGAUCUCUAUUUGCACGGUCCGAAUACGCCUGAAGUCAUUACUGUCGAAGUGCGAAUCUACGGAAGAAAGAAGGCUUAUUGGCUAGGACGGGCACAUUACGACGACAUCGAUAUCGGAAGGAGGAGAUUUUACGAUGAUGACAUCGGUAGGCGAGGACCCUUUGAUCGAGGUUUCGAAGAUUACCGUAUGCGAUCAAUAAGAAUAGAGUAUCCAGGAUUUCCAGUACGAGAAGAAGACUGGCGUUCAUCAAGUCUCGAUCGUCAUAGGGAGUUCAUCAACGAGACAUGGCGUCGAUCGCCAUCUCCACGCAGACCAACAGUAUCUCGUCACCGCUCUCCUUCUCAACACUCACAAGAGAGAAGGCAUACGCGCAAAGAUCACUCGGUUAAAGAGAGACACUCUCGUGAAAAAAGCACGUUUUCGCGAGAAUCUGAUCCAGUGGUGAAGGGAUCUAUUGCAAAUCUCAACGAGGAUGAACUAGAAAAAGCUGCGCGCCUUCAACUUCAAUUGAUGGCAGAAAUGGAGAGUAAGGAUAGCAAAGAGGAUUCCAAAAACAUGGAGAGUGAGGAUAAAAAAGAGGAUUCCAAAACCAAAGGAGAUAACAGUGCCAAGAAAGACGGAGCUAAAAAAGAAGCGAAAGCUGUUGAAUCUUCGGAGAAAGCUGAGAGCACAAAAGAGCCAAACGGCAACGUUGCCGCCCCAAGUCAACAGAAAAUCAAUCCGCCUGAAACGGACUCUCAUUCGAGGGCGGUGCAACCAAAAGAGAGCGACAACAAACUGCCAAGCCAUGACGGAAAACCCUCUAAAACGGGUCAUAGGGAAAUAAUUGUUCUGAAAAAGAAGUUUGAGGAUAUUCAUAAGCUUCCGACAACUAAGCCCAUUGGGGCAAGCUGGAUCGAGGAAUACAAGAAGACUGUCAAUAAAAGAAAACAGGAGAUAUCUUCUGGUUUACCCGUGCCAGCUGCUCGUCCGCCUUCACCAGUACGUCACGACAUUCAACGAGGAAUUGACCCUCGGGUUCCUCCUCGUCUUCCAGACUAUCGAUUGGAGGCGUCUUCCACCCUAGGAAACCGUCCUGCAAUGCGUGAAUAUUUUCAAGAUCCGAAAACUACUUCUAGAGACAACCGCCCUGCAGUUCGUGAAUAUUUUCAAGAUCCGAAAAUUGCUCCUAGAGAUAACCGCCCUGCAGUCCGUGAAUAUUUUCAAGAUCUGAAAACUGCUUCUAGAGACAGGGCAAUUGAAUAUGCUAGAGAAGUUGCUCGGAGAUCACACAUCCCACUUGAUCCGAAGCAGUUCAUUGAAGAACUCAGCGAUAGUGAAGACUGGGAUGAGGUAGCUGAGCUGGUUAAUCAGCCCCCGACCCUCAAAAGACCAGCUGCAGUGGAAAUUGAGAGGCCUGUGAAGCGCGGCUUACUUGGUACUGCACCUCCACGUGUGAGCAGGUUGCCUCAGAAUGGAUCUCCGAUAGGGAGUGGCGGAUCUCGUCCACCUGGGUUCAUCCCGCCGCCGACGGUAGCCGCGAAGACGCUGUCAUCUGCUCAUCCUCGUCCUUCAUUGGAAGAGAAAUCCUUUUUCCGCAUGGAGUAUCCGAGUGUUACGCCAGGAAUCUAUCAUAGUCGAGCUGCGGAGGAGAAAGAAGAAUCGGAUGAACCAGCUGGACCUCCACAGGCAAAAAUCGCACCGCCUAAGCCAGUAUUUCAUGAGCACGGCAAUCCCAAUAGUUGGCGCCGUGAGCACGCUCAUCCUGUACCGUUGGACCCCAUGACGAAGUAUGGUGGAGUAGAGUCGAAACAUGGCGGAUACUUCGAUUAG